AUGCCUGGUAAGGAAAAGGCAAAGAAGGAGCACCAUCGCUCCAACCCGCUCGGCGAUGAUAUCCACGCUGAGCGCUUCGCCAGCGCCAAGAGCGCGUCGCGCCGUGCCGCAGACGAGAACGACGUGGAUCAGGCCGGCUACCUCAUCCCCAACCACACGACGAAACGGAUCUUGCGCACGGCCAAGAAGCAGCUGGAGGCCAUUCAGGGUGAGGUGACGGCUGAGGAGUACGCUACCGCGGUGUGUGGAGAGGACUACCGCGACAACGGCCUGCAGGACCUCAUCGACAACGAGGAGAUGACGACGGAGGGUCGCGAGCACCUCUACGAGGUGGAGGCGGCGGCGGAUGACGAAGACGUGGUUCUGGAGUACGACGACAACGAGUCUAUUGCAUCCGAGAUGCCGGUGGAUGUGCCGGACGUGUCUCCAGAGAUGUACGGCAUCGACGAGGAGGAGGCACGACUGCUGAACGCCUUCCAGCCUGCCUCGCGUGUGCAGAGCCGCAACUUGGCGGACAUGAUCAUGGAAAAGAUUAGGGAAAAGGAGCAGGGCGCCCGUGGUGGUGCAGCCCCGAGCCCGAGCGAUAACGCCCGCGUGGCAGACGGUGACAGUGAGGACAAGAUCGACAAUCGUGUGGCACGCGUGUACACGGCCAUCGGUACGGUGCUGAAGCGCUACACCUCCGGCAAGAUUCCAAAGGCGUUCAAGAUUUUGCCAAACGUGAAGAACUGGGAGCAGCUGCUGAUGCUGACCCGUCCGGAUCAGUGGUCCCCGCACGCCACGUACCAGGCCACUCGCAUCUUUGCCGCCAACUUGAACGAGAGUAUGCUGCAGCGCUUCUACGCCGCGGUGCUGCUGCCCGUCGUGCACGAGCGGCUGCUCGAAGAGAAGAAACUGCACCCGGCCCUGUACAUGGCAGUGCGCAAGGCGCUCUUUAAGCCCGUCGCCUUCUUCAAAGGCUUUCUGCUGCCGCUGGCAAUGGAUGAGGAGUGCACGCUGCGUGAGUCCCUUGUUGUGGCGAGCGUGCUGCAGCGCUGCCACUUGCCACCGGUGCCCACCGCUGUCACCAUCUACAAGAUCGCGCAGCAGCCCUUCAGCGGUCGGUGCUCCGUCUUUCUUCGUGUGCUUAUCGACAAGAAGAUGGCGCUGCCAUACCAGGCCAUCGACGAGCUGGUGAAGUACUUUCAUCGCUUCUUGGAAACGCACACGAAGGAGGAGGCGCUGCCGGUGCUGUGGCAUCAGACCCUGCUCUCCUUCGUCCAGCACUACAAGGCGGACCUGACCGAGGCGCAGCUGGGGCUGCUAUCAAACGUGUGCAACGUGCAUUUUCACUACAUGAUCACCCCCGAGAUCCGUCGCGAGAUUGGGGCGGCGCUGCGCAUGAAGCAGGGUGCGGCACCCGUUUCCUAG